AUGCCGGAUUAUUCUGAACACGCAAAUGAGGUUGGACGUAGUUCCGAAACAAGUGAGGACGAUCCUCCAAUGUCGCGGCUCUUUAUAUUCUGCGACAAAACUCAUACAGAAAAUGAUAUCCGGAAAAGCUUUUCGCCCUACGGUAUUUUACAGGACGUGAAAAUUAUCAAAGAAAAGGAAACAGGGGAAAACAAAGGUUUCGCAUACGUUAAAUAUGCAAAAACAUCGGAGGCUGCCAAGGCCCAGGAAGAAUUACAUGGUAGUAUCAUAGGAAAAUCUGAUCGACCAUUAAGGGUAUUUGUUGCUGCAAGUCGCAGUCAAGGCUCUAAUAAGUCUCAAAAAAUUGAACAAGAACAAUGUGUAAGGCUUUUCAUACAAUGCCCCAAAGAGGUUGGUGAACAGGAAUUGCGCGAUGAAUUUAAAAAAUGGGGCCCUGUUGAGAGUGUAACAUUGAUACGCCAUAAGGACACUGGUAACCCAAAGGGUUUUGGUUACAUACGCUAUACAAAAUUUUAUCACGCAGCUUUGGCAUUUGAAAAUUGCUCACCAAAAUAUAAAGCCAAAUUUGCCGAUCCCAAAAAUUCAAAACGCUCUACGGACGAUCAAAUUUCCGAGAAAAGCGAACCCAGCCAGCUACUCAAGUUGAAGAAGAGUGAACAAUCUCAACCGAUGUCAUUGAAUGUUAUUGUUAGCAAGACAAUUAAACAAGAUCAGCUUUGGCGCUUAUUUGAUAUUGUUCCGGGCCUAGAUUAUUGUCAAAUUCUUAAAGAGGGUGAUUACAACAAUGAAGCCAUAGUCGUUUAUCACAAUCCAGAAUCUGCAAUAUAUGCCAAAGAAAAAAUACAUGGUUUCGAAUAUCCCGUUGGUGAACGUAUUAUAGUCAAAUUAUCUGAUAUGAGUUCAGCACACAUUGAUACAUCGUUUAUAGAGAAGCAUACUCGAAAGGAGACAUUUUGUAGUGUUCCUUUACCACAAACACAACCCAUGGCGCCUAGCGAUUCUCCAGUGGCAAAACGUUUAUUUAUGAUAAUGCCAACACCUGUCCCCGUUGCCAUCUUAAAAAAUAUAUUUUCCUGUUGGACUGGUCUAAUUGAUUUAUAUUUUUUACCAAAUAAAUCAUGUGGUUAUGUUAAAUACGCUGAUAAAGAUUCCGCCAUGAAAGCGAUGGAAACUUUAAGCGGUGCUGAAAUAUGUGGAGCUAAAAUUAAGAUCGUGGAAGCCGAAGAGCAAGUUAAAAAUGAUGGUUCUAAAAACACAAACGACGAUGGAAGUCGUAAGCGCAUGCGUCGUAACUAA